AUGACAGAUUCCAGCUCUGAGAGCUGCACUACGAAUGACGUGCUGUUUCAAAUCACUGGCAUUGACCGACUCCGUCUCGUGGAAUGCAAGGGAGAUUAUUCGGAUGACGACAGCUGUGAAGGAAGCUACGCCAACGACUCUGCCCUCAUCACCAAGAGGCGACAAUCCAGCCUAUUGCGACGGGGAUCAACGGCAACCACAUCACGACGAGGAAGUCAAUCCGAACGGCCAUCGUUCACCGCAAACAUGUUGGAUGACUUGCAAUCGGAGCUGAGUUCGGACGACAGCGAUGAGUAUGAGCUGAGCUAUCAGUUCAAUGACAGCGACUGUGAUCUUGGCACGAGCAACAGCAAGAUUCUGGGUGCCUCACAGCGCCGUCUUAGCAAGGGACUCGCCGGUGGUGACAACAACAAGACCAACAUGCUGCCGGCUAAACGCUCGUCUGAAAAGCCCAUCUCAGCUGCUCGCAACAAUAACAAAGCUGUGGCCGCCUAA